AUGGAUAGCUGUAAAAGAGGCGAGAGAGAUGACGUGAGGAAAGCAGUUAAAAGGUUAAAACCGCUCUGGUUGUGGGUAACCGCGGCUCGCUUAGAGUGGAGAGCGGAGUCAGCUAACGAACUUGGCAGCGACACUACGCGCGAGCUUAUUUUAUGUUAUGUGAUAUUUAUACAGUUUGAGGACCAGAAAAAGCAAAGAUUCUAA